UGUCAGACCCGCUUAGACGUGAGCGGACACAUCUCUGUUGUUUUAAAGUGUUGAAAUUGUGAAGUGUGUUUAAAAUAUACAAAUGUAGUAUUUUAACAGUGAAUAAUGAUGUAAGGUAACAUAGUACAACCGAAGGUUGAGGAUGGUUUGACCCGGGGGUUAUGAAGUACGUCGAGGUGGCCGGGCAGCUUAGACCUGAGUUUAGGAUGCCUAUGCAUCUGAACGGGGUAUUGAUGAGUGGAUACCGAGGUAUGGGAGAUGGUGUUUACCGUCCUCCUCUCUCCAACAUGUCCCCCGGGAUGAUGCACAGAACCUCCAGCCUCGAGAUGCUCAACAACAUCAAGUUCGAGGAGAAGCGAGCUCUCAUCGCUUCAACACUCUCCCUAAAUGAUCUCCUGAAACCGUCCCAGGAUUUCAGGACACCAAUCAGCCCGCCGACGAGCAAGGCCCAGUUUAACCCGGCGGUAUCGAACGGGUAUAUGGUUCCACACAGUUUAUAUAAGACGGGAAACGGCGGUUACAAUAUAAACUAUUUGAACAACGGUAUUCCGGAGAAGGAUAUAGGGAAGAAGGCCAAUGGACUACCACGUAGCAACUCUCUAGGGAGUGGAAGUUUAUCCCCGCCCAUGCCACGUAAAUCCCGCCUCCAAGCCUUGGGCCGCCUCUUUAAACCCUGGAAGUGGAAGAAAAAGCGUAAGAACGAGAAAUUCGAAGCUGUGUCCAAAAGUUUAGAGCGUAAGAUAUCGGUUCGAACGAGUAAGGAGGAGCUGAUACAACGAGGGAUACUCCUGCCCGGAGAGGUGGGUGGACACGCCCCCUGGCAGUCCAGCCCCGCCCCCUCACACACCCUACCUCAACAAAACAACAACAAAACAGGUAAGUGUACUGCAACUGAUAAGCUGUACACCAAUGUUACGGACAUGUUGAUUGUACACUGUACAAUGUACAAUGUACUGUAAACUUGAAAUUGAACAGUUGAU